UUCCUGGCUGUGUGUGAGCCUGACUGUCCUGUGCUGCCGGGUAUUUUAAUGUAGGUGGGAAGAGCGGAGUUGUAGAGUAGAUGCACAUCAUCUCUGGCUGCCGUUGUGCCUGCUGAGAAGUUUGCUGCUGGCGGCUGCUCACUGGCAUCCCAGUGACAGAGGCAAUUGCUGCUUCAGUUUUCUGGCUGAUGUGCUCGAGAGAGCUCUGCUCUGACUUUUUCGGCUCAAAUGAGGCUGGUAGCACAGGCUGCUUCAGUGGUAGGGCUUUGCUGACUUGAGUUAGCAGCUGGGUUAUGUGAAAGUUCAGCUAGUAAAGUAAAUAUUAUGGUGUGUCUGUAGAAAAUAUUUGCUGACUUGAGUUAGCAGUGUUUGGGUGAAGUGAUCCGUGAUGCUGCACAGAUAGCUCAGUGCAUGCAGCAGAGAGGAUGAUGACAUCGGGGAGGUAGAAGGCAGUGGUGGUACCAGGCAUUUGGGGACACUUAACCUCUGCAGCUGGUGGACUUGGAGCUGUUAGAAACCCAGCGUCUACAUUGGUACAGUGCUGCUCUGCAUGUCUGCAGUCGACCACGUUGGUUCAGUGUUUUGAUUAAACCAAAGGCCCAAACACAAAGAUGGAGUGUCAGAAAAUCCUUAAUUUUGGAAACCAGCUUCUCCGCCGGAAAAAUGUGGACUGCACUCGAGAAGAGAGUCGGCUCUCGCGAUGCCUUAACACGUUUGACUUGGUGGCUCUGGGUGUAGGCAGCACUUUGGGUGCCGGUGUCUAUGUACUGGCUGGAGCCGUGGCACGGGAGAAUGCGGGACCUGCCAUUGUUAUCUCCUUCUUGAUUGCCGCCUUGGCUUCUGUGCUGGCUGGACUCUGCUACGGAGAAUUCGGUGCUCGAGUUCCUAAGACAGGAUCAGCUUAUCUCUACAGCUACGUGACCGUUGGCGAGCUGUGGGCCUUCAUCACAGGCUGGAAUUUAAUCCUCUCCUAUGUUAUCGGAACCUCGAGCGUGGCCAGAGCCUGGAGUGCGACAUUUGAUGAAAUCAUAGGCCAGCACAUUGAAGAAUUUUGUAAAAAAUACAUGACAAUGGAUGCUCCUGGAGUGCUAGCAAAAUACCCAGAUAUCUUCGCCGUGGUGAUAAUCAUCAUCCUAACAGGGCUUUUAAUUUUUGGCGUGAAGGAAUCUGCCCUGGUGAACAAAGUGUUCACCUGCAUCAACAUCCUCGUCCUCGGCUUUGUCGUGGUCUCCGGCUUCGUGAAAGGGUCUAUUAAAAAUUGGCAGCUGACUGAACAGGACAUUUACAACACCAGCCAUGGCAUUUACGGAAACAAUCACACACAGGAAGAAAUGCUCUAUGGUAUCGGAGGGUUUAUGCCCUAUGGAUGGAAAGGAGUCCUCUCUGGCGCAGCCACGUGUUUUUAUGCUUUCGUGGGAUUUGACUGCAUUGCUACUACAGGCGAGGAGGUAAAAAACCCUCAAAAGGCCAUUCCUAUUGGCAUUGUGGCAUCUCUGCUUAUCUGCUUUGUGGCUUAUUUUGGUGUGUCAGCUGCCCUGACGCUCAUGAUGCCUUAUUACAAGCUGGAUACCAAUAGCCCUUUACCCAAUGCCUUCAAAUAUGUGGGUUGGGAUGGAGCCAACUACGCGGUGGCUGUUGGUUCCUUGUGUGCACUUUCUACGAGUCUCCUUGGCUCCAUGUUUCCAAUGCCUCGAAUAAUUUAUGCUAUGGCAGAAGAUGGACUUCUCUUUAAAUUUUUGGCUAAAGUCAAUGAGAAGAGAAAAACUCCAAUAAUUGCAACAGUGACAUCAGGGGCCAUUGCAGCUAUUAUGGCAUUUCUCUUCGACUUGAAAGAUCUUGUGGAUCUCAUGUCUAUCGGGACCCUCCUGGCUUACUCCUUAGUGGCAGCCUGCGUAUUGGUACUGAGGUAUCAGCCGGAGCAGCCUAAUUUGGCAUACCAGAUGGCUAGGACAACGGAGGAGACUGAUAACAACGAGUCUGUGAGCACCAGUGAGUCUCAGGCUGGAUUUCUGCCAGAGGAAGAGGAGAAAUGUUCCCUCAAAGCCAUACUGUGUCCCUCAAAUUCAGACCCUUCCAAAUUUUCUGGCUCGGUGGUGAACAUCUCAACCUUUAUCAUUGGUUUCCUUAUUGUGGGUAGCUGUAUCCUCACUGCCCUUGAACCAAGCAUUCUGAUAAAGGCUGUAUGGAUUAUUGCUGCCAUUCUUGUUCUUGUUGUCAGCUUCAUUAUAUGGAAACAGCCUGAAAGCAAAACCAAGCUCUCCUUUAAGGUACCUCUUUUGCCUCUUCUUCCUGUUGUGAGUAUUUUUGUGAAUGUUUACCUCAUGAUGCAGCUAGACAUAGGCACAUGGAUACGGUUUGCAGUCUGGAUGCUCAUAGGAUUUGUCAUCUAUUUUACCUAUGGAAUAUGGCACAGCGUGGAAGCCACCUACGCGGCCUCAGCGGAUGCGGAAAGAAACACGGAUGCUGGUUCGGACAGCUGUAAAUGACAUCGUGUUUGGCUUACGGGCAACUGGGGAAUGGCUGCGGAGAAGGAAGCUUUGCGGUGGGGGUCCUGGGCCAGGUUACCUUUGGUUAAUCAGUAAUGCAGGAAUAAGGAAGCGUAAUGCGGGACUCCCCAGCCCUGUUGCUGCAGCUUGCGGUUUGCUUAGCACAGUUUAAAGGGAUCACAAGGAAAAAAAGCCACACCUUUGGCAUACUCCCAGCAACACUGUCAGCUACUCUAGGGCUAUGCGCUUACCUUCCUCCUUCUCCUGUCUGUUGUUUUUUUUCCCCAGCGUAUAGAAAGAAAACUGCUUCUGUGUGCCAGUUAACCUUAAAUGCUGCUAUGAAACCAGGCCUCACAAAGGUCUUUCUUUCGGUAGCUCCAGGAAUUACCUCCCCACAGACACUCUACCUGAUUAUAGAUGGAGCAGAUUUGUCAUGCUUAGCCCAGGUCUGUCCUUCACCCGACGUGAGCUGUACCCCACGUGUACGCACAAAAAAAAGGCUCUCGCCAAACACCAGCUUUCACCUGGUUAGGAAAGCACCUCCAAGACCUGCAUUGUUCAGAGUAUCAGGUCUCAUAGUUUUUGUUGUUUGUUUGUUGUUUUUUUUUUUUUAAACUAUGUAUUCAUAUGCUUUAAAGCUCAGCGCUGCUGUGGAAUGUUGGGAGGGUUUGUUGUUGCUGCUUGUCGGGUGAAUGGUCAUUUGCCAGCGCACAGGUAAGACCAGCAGAUGUUUCUGCUGGCUCAGCAGAGGGAUUCCCAGGUUUAGCCAUAGAACUAUUUGAUGCAAGUACUUGAAUGGCUUGAAAAGAAUGGGUGUCUCCAAAGAGCCGUCCUACCUCUUUGCCUCAGAAAUCACCAAUGGUGUGGCUGCAAUGGUGGAGCACAAGAGAGCCCAGCUCUGACAACAAGAGGGGACCCUAUUUUCCUCUCCCCACAUCAGUUUUGUGUGCCAGCUGUGUGUGGUGGUAGCAAAGGAUUUGGCCGUGACACCUUGGUUUGGUGUCAGUGGGUGGAGAGUGUUUGUGCCCCAGGAAGGGGAAGCACAGGAACAUCCUCAGUGGCUUGAACUUCACUGGUGAGCAGUUCUGGUGUCUGGCCCCUGCCCAGGGGAGGGUGUGGGAGUGCACAGGGGCUCCUCAGUCCCAGUGGUCCCAGUGCAAUGUGCAGCCCAGAAAACACCUCUAAGAUCAAGGGUCCAGCUUGCGAAGAGGAGCUUUCCAUUUGAGGCUGGAGAUCGUUUCCAGAACCUGGCCAUCGUGAAAGGUGAGAAAUUUGGAAUUGAGCCCAGGGUCUGUGUUUGGUUGGCAAUGCCUUGGUUUUGCUGUAGGAUUAUUAUUUUUUUUUUUAAUUCUCUCUAAUAGCUUUCCCCAGCCAAAAGAACGCUACCCUAAAAAAAGGCUUGUUAAAGCAUCAGGAAGGUGGGCCAUGCCCGUGUAGUGCCACUGAUUUAAAUUCAUGCUUCAGCUUGUACCGAUAACCAAAUCGUAGAAUAACAGAGUAGUUUGGGUUGGAAGGGACCUUCAAAGGUCAUCUAGUCCAAACCCCUGCCAUGGGCAGGGACAUCUUCAACUAGAUCAGGUUGCUCAAAGCCCCAUCCAGCCUGACCUUAAACACCUCCAGGGAUGGGGCAUCCCAAAUAUAUACUGCAGAAAUCCCUUCUCCCAGCCUGAGUGGAUGCUCAUUGUCCUAGGUGUCCUCCACCAUACUGCCUCUGGACACCGGGUGAUCUUUAGUCUGUUUAUCAGCAUGUCUCUCACUGACAAAGGGACAGGCUCUUGUCCCAGUCGUUCAGUUGGACAACUGAAGAACAGACCCCUGCAUGAUUUGAUCAGGGUCUCACUGGGCAUCUAGUGCAGCAGAAAGGGGAACCAGACCAUCUCCUGGAUUACACAGCCGGACUGUGAACCAUCUCUCACAGGUUUACAGAGAAACCUUAUAGCCUUUCUGCUCACUGAGGAGUUUUAAUCUUGGCCUCCUUCUAGUAAACUGGGAGACACUUCUUGCCAGGGUUGGAAUUGGAGGGAGUGAAGGCAACAUGUGCGUUGUGUUCUGGGCGCAUUUCGGGGUGUGUUUUGAGUGGAGUUUCCGCACAGGAUGAAAUUAAACGCUGCUCCAGCCAACGGGUCCUAACCAUCUGCCUUUGCUCUUCGUGUGGAUACAAAGUCUUACUUAAGCAGGACGAGAAGAAUAUCAAAAGCCGCUAGGUUGAGGUCUGUUUUGUUUAAACACAGGCAGUGUUUAAACAGCUCUACACACUCUGUAGUCUCCCAAAAAGCACUGAAUAUGUGGUGGAAAGGGGAGAAGAUUGUACAUUGUACCAAAAGUGUAAGGAUGUUUUUCCCUACCUUGGGUACCAGCUUCUGAGCAAAUUAGACAUUCAGCAAUGACCAUUUGGGGGUGAAUUCUGACUGGAAGUGUAUUUCCAAAGAAAAUUAUUUGAAAAUUAUUUAAAAAUAUGCAGAUUUCUUGCUGUAAGUAUUUUUUUUAUAUAUAUAUAAAUGUUAACUUAUUUUUGUUGUCUACUUAGGGAUCUGUUCUGGUAUUUAUAUUUCUUAACUUCAUUUCAGCUUUUGUGGCAUAUAAUAGCAGCACGUAGAAGAAGGGAAGGUCUUGAUGGGGGUCAGUUUUCUUCAGUUGCCUUUUCCCUGAGAAGGUUCAUAGGAACACCUUUCUGUGUCACCAGAUUUGGUAUUUACAUGUGCCGUUACCUGUAGCAGCCCCAGCACCACCUGCUGCAAAUUUGCUAGUGGAGACGGGGAUCUUUAGCCCCAUCUCUCACUUCUCCAUCGUGACUUCUUCAGCCCAUCGGUUCCCUGGUUGUGGGUGCUGCCAUCUCUCUUGUGUGUUGCUGCUCACCAGAUACGAGGAGGUGAAGGGACCCUACAGCCUUGUGCAGUGACAGGGCAGUGUAGGUGUCUCCCUGGCUCUCUGUCUACCUGCUUCCCCUGUGUCCAGCUGGACCUGGGGACCUCCUGGCCUCCUCGUUGUGUAACUUGACUCAGAGAGUGGACCGGUCGGUGAGCAGGUGAUGAGUUCAGCACAGCUGCGUGCUCCUGCCUCAGCCCCAUCCCCUCCUGGCUGCAUCCACCGCUUGCUCGUACAUUUUGUAAACUGAAAGGCAAAAUUUAACUGCUAUUUUUUGGGUUUUUUUUAACAUCUCCUCUGCCUCACUGCUGAUGUGUGCAUGUAACAUAGAUCAAGCCAGAUAUCUUUAAAGCAACUGCUGCUAUAACCUUGUCAUUGUGGAUGAUAUACCUUCAUUAAUUUGAGCUUUUCUUUGUAAAUAGUUCAGUUGUUAUUUUAUUAGAAGAAUAUUUUGUACAGAUGCAGAGCAUUUUGCUGUAUGAAGAGGUGGGAAUGGAGAAGCGAUGACUGCUUGGUGCGAGAAUAGAUCCUUUUGUGCCAGAGCUGAGAGGUGUGAUAGAAGUGGCCUGCCUGGUCUUUCAGGGCAGGCUCUGGCCCAAAGGGCUGACCUUGUUUUGGUGUGUUUGGUUGCUCCCAGUCUCCUCGGCUGAGAGGAGCCUCCGGGGAAGCUGUUGGAAGGCUCCUACUGGCUGCUGGUGCCUGGAGGGUGGCAGUGCCAAGGCUGCAGCGUGUAGUUAUAUAGCAGAUCUGGAUAUGUAGCCAGCCAUCCUUUUUCAGUGGAAAAUUAUUGUUAAAACAGCUUUAAAAAAAUAAUAAUUUGUUUGUGAAAAAAUAACUAGCUUUUGCUUAUUUGCUUACAGCUUUCAUUCUUUUCUCACUGAAAAUCAUUACCGGAUGGGUUUAGGCUUCAUCUCGCCCUUUUCCUAUCCCUUGGGGUGGAGUUUGCUGCUGGUUUGGGCAGCGUGUGCCUGUGCUGGGUGUCAGACAGCUAUGUGUCAUGGGGGGCUGUGGGGCUGCCCCCUGUCCUGUCUGGGCAUGGCAGGGCUGGGAUGUGCUGCAGGCAGAGUGCCGCUGGUUCGGCGCUGCUGGUGCUUGGUGGCUGCCGGGGGCCACGCCGAUGGAAGCACCACUGGUGCCGAUGCCAUGCGUUCCUGUUUGCUGCCAGGGUUUUGGAAGGGUGAGGUUGUAGCUGGCAGCACUUGCCGUGGGCACUUUCUCCCUUCUUCUGUCCCAUAUUGGAAACAAGCUCCUAUUCGUAAUGCGCAGAGGGUGCCCGUCACUGCCUGCUGCCUCUGUUCCUGCUAACUCAGCGACCAGAAAGCAAUACAGUGUUAUGUUUAUUAUUGUAAAAUCUGCUUGUUUCUUUAGUGAUUGCAUUUUGUACACUAAUGAAUUCCAGUGGGAUUUCUUAAACUCCUCACCCCCAGAAAGCCGCAUACACGUGAGCAUUGCUGUCAUCUGCCUGAAUGAAUGAAGGGUGGCAUGCAGGUAUCACAGUAUGUUUGGGAUUGGAAGGGACCUCAAAAGAUCAUCUAGUCCAAUCCCCCUGCUGGAGCAGGAACGCCUAGGUGAGGUCGCACAGGAACAUGUCCAGGCGGGUUUUGAAUGUCUCCAGAGAAGGAGACUCCACAACCUCCCUGGGCAGCCUGUUCCAGUGUCUGUCACCCUUACCGAGUAGAAGUUUUUUCUCAAAUUUAAGUGGAACCUCUUGUUUUUCAGCUUGAUCCAAGCUGGAUCAAGGUCCAGCAAGCUGGAGGGGCUUGCUCUGAAGAGGAGGAGGAGGAGGAGGAGGGGUGCUGGUUUUCAUGCAGGAGGCUCCACUGCAGUCCCACCCCUCCAUGUGCCUCAACACCCUCCCAUUUGGAAAGAAGCCUUUUCCAUCCGGCAGAAAAAGCAUCUCCCUUCCUAAACCCAUGGAUAACCUUGUGGCACCCGCUGGGCUUGACUUUACAGGGAGGUUCUGUUUCUUCCUUUCCCAUACCAAAAAAUUGCAUUUGUUGUUCAAGGCUAAACCUAUACAUACACACUGCCCUUGCAGCCACCUCCCCUGUCCCAAAAGUGAGCUGAGGGCAAAGCUGCCGCACCAGUGCCAUCGGUUGCUCUGCCCACUGCCACUCACCUCAUGGUUUAUCAUUCAUUUCCCACCCCAGUGGCAAUGCCACUCCCACAGCCCCUCCCGGGCUGCCUUACGCCCUACAUUACAGUUGCAGGUGGGGUCCCAUGGGGUCUCUGACACCCGUCUGGAAACCAGAUGAUCCAGGAACGUCUCUGCCAGCGAGAGCCAGACCUCGGUUUUUCUCAGGGUAUUUGCUCCUGGCUCACGCUCAGAGACGUGAGGUUCAUCUGAGACCUGGCAGGCUCCAGCCAGUGAGAGGCACCUCUCCCGCUCAAUGCCUUGCAGGGCAGUGGUUUUGGCAGUCACUUAUGUUUUUGGGAUCACAAUGGGAAGCAAAGGGUUCCCCAGCAGGACACUGUGGCUUCCAGCUGCGCUGGGCCGGGAGCAAGGAGCAGGAGGAGACGCUGGCAGCCUGGAGACGGCGUGUGCUGGCAAACCUGGUGUGAGUUCGGGUCAUGUCAGUAAAGGGAUUUUUACUGGCCAAAGCCAUGGAAGAGUCUGUAUAUUUUUAUUUUUUAAUUAUUAAGCAAAAUGUAAAUAGCUUUCUGUUGUCUAACGGUCUAUUUUCCUAAUGAUUUCUCAGAAUUUCUUACAGGCGUGAUAAAUAGUUUUAAUGCUUGUUCUGCAAAUAAAUCUAUUUUUUAUCUUUUUUUACCUUUGUUUUGAUUUUUGUUUUGUGUUUUUACCAUGUUCAUGUAGCGAUUUAAGCCUUAAGUUUUAAAAUGUGAACCAUGCCCUCCAGAGCACAGCGCGGGUGUGCAGCUAAUUUUUAUCCUGGCGACACUGUAAAUACUUCUCCCCUGAAUGAUGCUUUUGGAAAUUGGAAAUUCACUUGCAAUUAUGUGGUACAGCAUUAAAACCUUUUUCUUGAUAUCUCAAUAAAUGAUGCCUAUUGUUUACCCUCA